AUGCUUCCCCAUGAGAUUAUUGCGUCCUUGAAGGAUGGAGAUGGUGGAAAAGUUGCAGAGCUUCAAUGGGCAAGAAUGUUGGACGACCUGAAAAAGAAAGGGACGUUGACAAAUUGCAUUGCUGUGUGUGAUGUUUCAGGGAGCAUGUCUGGAAAGCCAAUGGAGCUUCAUGAAGUUACAGGGGAUAGUCUUCUUGAGAAGGCUAAUUUUGCGAGAAAGAUGGAGUGUGGCAUGAACACAGACUUUCAGAGGGUUUUUGAUAAGAUUUUGGAAGUUGCUGUUGAUGGGAAUUUGAGUGAAGAUAAGAUGAUAAAGACAAUCUUUGUCUUCAGUGACAUGGAAUUCGAUGAAGCCUCCAGCCGUGGUGUUUAUGAUUCAGAUUUGGAUAUGUGUUCAAAUUUCUUGUCUCCAAAGAGUGAUUCUGUUAUGGAAGAGGAACAGACUUGGGCUCCUAGGCUUGGUUAUACAGGAAGAAAGAUGAAAAAUAGGCCAAAAGGGUGGACGACAGAUUAUGAAGUGAUAGAGACGAAGUUUAGGGUGAAAGGUUUCAAUAAGGUUCCAGAAAUUGUGUUUUGCAACCUAAGGUACUCCCCUAGUACUCCAGUUUUAGCUAAAAGGAGAGGGGUUGCAAUGGUCAGUGGGUUCUCAAAGAAUAUGGUGAAAAUUUUCUUGGAGGAAGGUGGGAUUGUCAACCCAGAGGCUGUGAUGGAGCAGGCCAUCUCUGGUGAACUAUACCAGAAACUGGUUGUUUUUGACUGA